AUGCACGUAGUUGGUCGCAAUGAAUGCAACCUUCGGAAAAUCAAGUGCAAUGGUCAGAUGCCCUGCCAACGUUGCGGGCACCUCUCUCUAGAAUGUCUUUAUGCUCCUAACUGCUGCACUCGUAGCAUCAAAGAUUCAGAGGAAUUUCGUUCUAUGAAGGAGCACAUCGAGACGUUACAAGACCAAGUGAAUACCUUGUUUGCUAAUAUCAACGAGCUAUAUCACAAAACCGACUCACCAGGCAUUGAAUCCAGUGCCUACGGCCGAGAAGGUUCACAAUGCCUCUCCCAGCCAAGUUAUGAUUCUCAAACCCAUAUUUCAUCACGGGCUCGCUCGAAUCAUCCUCGUUUUCAUGGGCCCACGAGCACUACCUUCAAUCUCCAUGUUGCCAAGUCAAGCCUACAAACAAUGGGAAUUACUCCGGCUGAGGAUGGAAACCUUGAAUUGUUUGCUGGCCAGGAUGCAACGCCUUCUGGUUCCCCUCCCCUGCGAUCACAGCAACUGCCGCAUAUCCCACAGCUUCUGGCCCAUCCGAAUAAAGAUCCAUUAUGGAUAAUAAAACGUGAGGAAGCAAUUAGGUUAUGUCGGGUUUACGAACGCGAAAUCGGAAUCAUGUAUCCAUUCCUCGAUAUUGAGAGUUUAAUUACGCACACUAACCUGCUCUUCACGUUCCUGGAGGCCGCGUCUCGGACAGGCUUUACGAAACGCUUUAAACCUGGCCCUGAUAUGCUGACUGAUGAUGACACCUGUAUCCUUAAGAUGGUCCUUGCAAUUACGUUAAUUGUUGAAGGCAAUGGCCAAAGCGCCCUAGGGACCCGGUUAUUUACUACGACAAAACAGAGGAUUGAGAUGAAACUGUGGGAGCCAACUGAUAUUCGAACGAUCCAAUCAUUCACUCUCAUGGCCAUGCCACCCGCAUGUGUCUUGAGCUUGGUUUACAUCGAAGAGAUGGAUGAUUCUGUACCAUAUCUGAAAGCCAUGAUAUCAUAUUGUCGUAUUAGCUCUAAAAUUUGGUACUCUGGUUUGGGCUCUGCAGGCACUACGACUGCCAAAAGAGAAGUAGUUGGCUUCCUGGACUAUCAGGUCCUCCAAUGGCUGAAGAGCGUCCCAGAGAAUCUGAGGUUCUAUUCGCCCGGGCAUCCUGAAAAUGGUGACGGCGUCGAUAGAGAGACCCGACGUUUGCGCGUACUACUAUACAUUCGCGGCAAUCACAUGAGAAUACUAAUUUACCGUCCUGUACUACAUUCCACUAGUGGCAUCCUUGAGAACAUGGGAUACGCCCAAACUGUCGUCGAUAUUGCCAAAGACACCAUUCGCGUCCUCACCCACCUCAACCAAACAUCCGACAUCUAUCGCUCUCAUCAGAUGCUCUUCAACUACUUCCUCGUCUCUGCGCUGGCAGUCCUUCUCCUCGCUGUGUCCCAUGCUCCUGCCGAUUUCAAUCGCCAGGUACGGGACGAGUUCUACAUGGCCCUGGACCUAGUAAAAGGGUUCAGUGCGAAAUCAUACGUUUCGAAGCGCUUGUGGAAAAUGAUCAAAGGGUUACGGGGAAUUGGAGAGAAGCUUGGCCUCCUCAAUCGCCCCGGCCCGCCCGAUCAGAAUGACCCUCAUUCAACAGCAGCUGUUGCAAUGGCCGGACUAGCCGGCCAUCCCAUGGACGUGAUGACUGCCAGUGUGUAUCGCGACAUGAACCCACGCGGUGAGCUGGGUGAUGGCCCGCAGGAUGGCAUUCAGAUGAGUAAUGAGCUGACGAAUUUGUUCGAGGCUGUCGGGGGUUACGGCGGUUUUUUGACUCAGACUAGCAGUGGCGGAGACGGAGAUGCGAUUAAUGGCGAAAUUGUCAAUGCUCAGGGGGAUCUGCCCAACGCAGAGGGCUUGGGCUCUAUUCUCGGGAAUGAAGCAGAGUUUUCUCGAAUCAUGCGAGAUGUAUUCUAG